GAUUUGCUGUGACCUGAAAGACCGAAAAGCCCCGGUAUCAAAACAGACAUUAAAUCUCAAGGAUUGCAAAUGAAAAAAAAUAACCGGGAAGAGGCCCGGAGACGGGCGGGCCCGGAGAGAUUGCACAGACGAAAGACCGACCCGUAGGACCGGUUUUAAUGAAAAUAUAUGCGUCAUCCGGCAAAAGGUCUACGCGAAGGCAAAAGGAGUGUUGCGGGACUAGCAAACAAAGAGUCACAAUUUUUUUCGUGUCUCUCCUUGGAACGCUCGCUUUCCGGUACAAUCUCUAAUUUUUUUUUUGACUUUGGCAAAGGAGGCGGUUACACCCGAAGCGAUUUCCCUCCCCGGACCGGAAAAUUUCGGGGAAAAAACCUCAGAACAACAUAAAUAGCUGAAAAUACGUCGUCGUUAUUUCCUAGUUCCCCCAGACAUACGAGUCAACGACUCAAAAGAAGCAAAAAAAUUAAGAAUGAAAUUAAACAAAAAAAAAAAAUAAGACAGGGAAACGCGCGAGAUCACACGAGAGGCUUCCUCUCGCGCAAAGCCCACAUAAACAUGCCGGUGGAGGCGGUACCCACCGGAAUAUCUGCGAGAGCUUUGGGCACAACUGGACAACUGCGUCUGCGUCAGACGCCGUUGUACAAUUCUCAAAUCCACCGCCAUCUUUAUUUUUUCCCUGUCCGCCCCUAGAGUGUGAACAACCCCGACGCCACCCCUAGAUCCCCGAGCGGCCGUACUCCCCGUGGACGACGGGGGCGAUCGUGAAAAAUCCGGCUUCGCCUUCAGAAAAAAAAAGAAGCACCAAAAAAAAAAAAAAUAUAGAAUUGCAGGUGAUACGAGACUCUUCCUCCUGAAGACAAGGAAAAGGGGGAUGAAAUGGUGGGUGAGAAGCCCCCCAAGUCCACCGAGAGCCUCCACUCGCCCCUUUGUCCCUGCAUGUCUCUCGUAGGCGAGAGAGCGAAGGCUUUUCUCGUAUUCUAUUGAUUUUUCCUGAAGUUUAGUGUGGUGGGAGUAGUAGUUCACUGUCGGUCGUGCGCGCGGACGUGCCUCGGACGGCCUUGGUGUUGGUAAAGAUCGCGGUGUAUUCUACCCAACCUUCCUCUCUACACCACCACCAGCCGCCCCCCCCCCUCACUGCUGUAUCCCAGCGCAUCACUCUGUCUGCCUCUUUCUUUAUUCUCAUCCUGGUUAAUCUUGGCACUAGCAAGGAUGACCAUCUCACUCGCACUCUUGCUCUCCGUUCUUUCCCGCAAUUGUGGCCUCACUUCCCUUUCCCGCCUGUUCUCUAUGGCCACCCCCUCGGGCCCCCGCUGCACCGCCCGGUACACCCCGGACCCUCUUUAAAUCUACCCGUUUAUUCCCCCCCCCGCACACCGCGCCACUCCUCACCGCACUCUCUUCGCCUGCGUUCGCGCGCAACCCAACGAUUUCUCGUGUAUUCACGUACAGAACACGAUCGUACCAGGAGCAGAGUUGUAGAUAUCGUAUUCAGGGCCCUGAAACAAAAUAAUGGGAGAGGAAAAUGGGAAAAAGGACGGAUUGGGUUACCAGGCCCUUCGAGGAAGCGGGACCCCGGGGUCUGCAUUUUUUUUUUCUCCUGUAAUUAUUUUUUUUUGGGGGAUGCAAUUCACUGACUUCAUAAUGCGAUGAUCGAGCUGAUAAAGUUGUUUUGUGGAUAUAAAUUCAUAAUUUCGGGGGAUUGCAGGGGGUUGAAGGGUUCUGUGGGCACAAGGAUUUAUAGUCCCUAUUCCGUUGAGUUGGAGGAGCUUCCGGGGGGAAAUUCGAAACUUUGGGUUGGAAUCCCAGCAGAAUAGGAAGGAAAUAAAUGCCAUAGAAUGAAGGAAUUCCCUUAGUAUCAAACUAAUUUUCUUAUCACGAUGUUCAGAAAAGUGGUUUUCAGCACGCGUUGCCUGAAAACCCCCUUUUCGCCCACCAUUACAAAAAAUAUUUUUAAACCCUAAUUCAUCAACCCUCCACACGUCUCAUUAAAAAAAAUGACCUCCAUUAGCCCAAAAUUAAUUAAAAAAAAAAAUGUAUAAAUAUUUAAGGCACUGUAACCUCUCACCUAAAAAAACCUAAGAUACACUAGUGCAUACACCCCUGUCCGAGUGAAUUCCCACCCACCACUCUCGUGCCGACAGGGUCACACUCGCGCGUGCACACGUACUGGGAGUAGUGUUGGUGCACACAGUUGCCAUCUCGUGUCCAACAUUCCCCUUCUAAGCACACCCAUACAAGUGCCGAGCACGAGCGGGGACAGCCGGGGGAUCACGAAGUGCUCACGCAUCGCACAACGGCGGUACCCACCCGCGCCGUUCUACCUCCCCCCCCCCCCACCAGCCCCCGCCGUGUGUGAGUGUCGGGCGGCUCAUCCCAACACAUAAAAAUCAUUCCCGCCGGUGUGCACCUCCACGUACAUUUGAAAAUGAAACAGUGUUGGUAAAUGGGUGAUGCACGAGAUAAGCCGAAGACCGCCGAGCGUCGGGGGCGGGCAACAAAGUGUAUUUCAGUGUAAUAUGCCGAGUGAGGGCGAUAAGAGCCGAGGCUCGACGAAGCGUAAAACCGAGGGGAGCCGAAGUCAACAGUAGGCACGGCCGAGGGAACAGUGCGGCCGAAUCAGGUACCGCGAAUGGAUUACAUCGAGCGUUUACAGUGUCGUGUAUUUUUUACCUUGUGUUUGCAUUUAGAACGCACAGCUACGGUGAUACGAGGGCGAAUCAAUGGGCACAAGUGGGAGAAAGGGAGAGAGUGAAGAGAAAUAAAUAAAAAUGCAGUUGUGAUUUUUGUGGGGGAUAAAUAAAUGCACGCUCGAGGAGAGGAGACAUGGAUGAGAGACGAGUUGCUCGUUAAAAUUUUUUGGAAGAUCGACGAGUGAAUAGGCAUUUGGAUUUUAAGGUGAAUUGGGUUUGUUGUAGGCUGUGGUGUACGUUUGGAGGUUAAAUAUUUUCACUGCUGUGAUAUUCAGCCAACGAAAACACAGCGCGCGACGGCUGUUACAAUGGCUCGCCGUCGCCAGGGGCACGAACGAUGGUGCAUGAAAGGCUAGGAAUUCUUUUCAUACGAGAAUACCGAAGUAAAUGAAAAAAUAUAGCGGAGUUAACUGUGUGUUAUCAUGUUGUGACUGAAUUGCUCAGUGGAUUAUUACUGGUGAAAUCACGAGGGGGUUUUGGAUUCAGUGAACAUCCCCGGGGUGAUUGUCGUGAACAGGUGAAGUUCAGUGGUUUAAUUUUUUUUUUCUUCGUUUUCUGCGGUAUUAAUAGGCGUUACUUGGUGAUAACUGAGUGGUGGAUACGACUGAGGGGCACUGAGUCAGUAUUUUUAUUCUCGUCGUUUUAUUUUUGUGAUAAGAAAACCGGACGUAGGAACCGGGAGGUUCGUGUGUGGUGGUGUCAGACGUUCUUGAACGUCUCUUCGUGGAUUUGAAAUAGGGAUUAUCUCGUUCUCCAGGACCGGAGUAUCAGCCGGACACGAGGAUGAGCCUGCGAGGAGGAUCUGUCUGCGACUUUUGAGUCGUCGAAAGAAUUUAUCAAGUUGAGGCUAUUAUUUUGUCACUUAUUUUCCCUCGUUGGGCCAGAGGGGUCCAUCCGGAGAGUCGAGGGGACUACAGGUAGAAGAGGAAAUUGAGAGGCCCAGGGAUACUCCAGUGUCACAUUGGUACGCUGGAUAUUAGGAUAGCAAGUAAAUACAACAGUGUUUCGAGGAUGCAAGUGGCAACGCUGUUCAGGGAAAGCGCAACCCUGCUGGGGGCCUCCAGUCUCGAUCCCCCGCAGGCCCAUCAUCAGGCCCUUCAGCAGCAGCAACAGCAGAUGCAGCAUCACCAGCAAAUGCAGCAGCAGAAUGCUGAGAUGCAUCUACACAUGCAGAAUCACUACAAAAUGUCAUAUCCGUCGCCAGUACAAAACGGAGGACAGAAUAGCAACACUAUGAGCUGUAGCGGUUCACAAGGUAUAAUGGUUAAACAGGAGGCUAGGGAUGAUGGCUACGAGACGAGUCCCGAUCUGGAGAUGAGGAGUAAUGGUGGUGACAGUAGCCAACAGUAUCAUACACCACUGACGCCUCAUACCCCGCAUACACCUCAUACUCCGCACACACCUUUGACGCCAAUAUCGGCGACUCCACAUCAGCCUCAACAGCCGGGCUCCACUGGGGCCACACUGGGACAGGUUGGAGUCAAGUGUGAAACUCCAGUAGACCCUUAUUCAUUCGUCGACGAGGAGAUGUCGAUGGGUGGUGUACGAACAGCAAGUAGUCCUGGUGAAAAUAUCGAUGGAAUAACAUGCCCCAGUGGUUCACAAUCAGGUCUUGGUACACCAACGUCAAUGUCACCGGGUCCAAUGAUGAAUCCCCAACAGCAACAUCAUCAUCAGAUGAACAUGGCAAUGAAUGGGGUUUUAAAUCCCCUUCAAAUGCAACAUCAGCCGAAGAAGAGGGGGCGAAAGAAAAAAUCUGAGAUGAUACUAACGCCUGAGGAGGCAGAGUUGGCGGAGGCAAAGAAACGGGCCAAAACCUAUAAAGAAAGAAAGAAACACGACAGAUUCGAUGGAAUGCCGGAGGAGGAGGUCAGCAAGCGUGUACUACCAGAUCACCUCAGUCCAAACCUGGAUAUUAUAAUCAUUGGCAUAAAUCCUGGACUGUUUGCAGCGUACAAAGGCCAUCACUACGCAGGACCUGGCAAUCAUUUUUGGAAAUGUCUACACUUGAGUGGCUUAACACCGGAGCCACUGACAGCGGACGAUGAUUUCAAGCUGUUGCGUUUGGGAAUUGGUUUCACAAAUAUGGUUGCACGUGCGACAAAGGGCAGCGCUGACCUCACGAGGAAAGAAAUUAAAGAAGAUAUUCAUCAGUUCAAUUUAGUCAACGAGGGAGAGUCUCAACAAGGUAGCAGCGUAUUACUCGAAAAAUUGAAAAAGUACAAGCCAAAAAUAGCAGUAUUCAAUGGUAAACUCAUCUACGAAGUAUUUUCUGGUAAAAAGGAGUUUGGAUUUGGGAGACAACCGAAUCUCGUUGAAGGCACGAACACUUACAUGUGGGUGAUGCCAUCGAGCAGCGCAAGAUGUGCCCAACUGCCCCGGGCAGCGGACAAAGUCCCGUACUACGCGGCCCUGAAAAAAUUCCGUGAUUACUUGAACGGCACCAUAUCCCACAUAGAAGAGUCGGAUAUUGUCUUUGCCGAUACUAAAAUAAAGAAGCGCGAGCACGACGCACUGGAGGAGAAGAAGCAAUUCCCCGAUGAUUUGGACGGUGAGAAUCGAUUAUCAGACUCAAAGGAUCAGGGUUUGAUGCCAGGUAAAAAGAAACGAGGCAGGCCAAAGAAAAUAAAGAAUCCUGAUGAGAUGCCACAGCCAGAGCCCGAGAAGUUGGAUGGUAAUGGUGAGAUUGUGAAGAAGCGACGAGGUAGACCGAAAAAAAUUCACCAGCAGCAGAAGCAGCAGGAGCGAGAGGCGAGGGAGCGCGAUCAACUGGUCCAGCAACAGCAGCAACAGCAUCAGCAGCAGCAACACCAGCAGCAGCUCCAGCAGCAACAGCAUCAUCAUCAGAAUCAGAGCCAACAUCAUCAUACCUCCAUGGGACACAUGGGCGACUAUGGAAAUCUGCCAAACUGCUUCUCACCACCAAAGCCCUUUGCCCACAUGGCACCCUAUCCCCAGCAAAUGAGUGACUCAAAUUUUUAUGGACAAACAAUGAACGAUAGUCCAUACAACAUAAGCUCAAAACAUAGUCCAGUGCAUCUCCAACAUUACAGCCAGAGUCCAAAGUCAAUGUCCCUGUCGUUUACCCAUUCAGACUUGUCGUCGGAGAUAACAACAGGUAUAUCAUCGGAGAAUAAUCUCGAACCAUCGCCCCUGACAUCACCCAGCGUUGAACAUCCUGAUUUUGAACCACCAACGAGUAUCUCCCAGAAUUUAACAAACCAUCGCCAAUAUAAUCCAACGAGUGGCGACUCGGUUCAUCAUGGCAGCAGUCCAGAUACACCAUCACACUCGAGUUACACGAGUUAUAUGGGUUAUCAUGAUCAAUCAACACCAGAAUCACACACUGGCCAUCAACACCAAACAACACCAACUGGAAUGAGUCAGAGUACUGAAGAGCACUCGCAUCAUUCACAUCAGACACCACCGCUCAAUCACUCACACACACCAACGCACACAUCAAUGUCACCUCAUCCACACGAACAAUUUGGUAUGAAACGCAGUGGAAAUCAGGAUGUUGCAUCAAAGAGUCUGAGUGAUUUAGAAUCACUUGUCGAUCAAAUACCAAGUAUAACAGAUGGUGGUAAUCAGCGUUUGCAUUCACAAAGUGCAAUGUCUGACGAUGGUUUGAAUGAUAAAAUCGAUCAUCAUCAGUCGUAUCUUGGAUUUAACACACAAUCAAUGACAAAUUACAGUCCACCAUUGGGUAGUAGUGGUGUUUAUCCAGGUACACAUAUUUAUUCUGGUGAUAAUUAUGGUAUUUAUAGCAAUGGUAGGCAGGAUGUACAGCAGGGACAGCAGCACAGUAAAUCGUACACGGUUGAAAAUUUAGCAUCGAGUAAUUAUACACCAAGUAUGAAUCAAUCUGGCAAUUACACUAAUAUUAUUCCAGGACCCCAUUAUCCAGUACCAACAAUGGGCUCGACAAAUGGCUAUCUGUUUGGUGGUCUUGAAUCGAGUUUAAUGCAACGUACUUAUGGUAUGAGUGGUAUGAGUGGUAUGCAUCCAUCACUUGGACACAUGGCCAAUCCAUAUCCGUACAAUACCUCUUAUUCGAGUUCAUUCGAUAGUUAUCCAACACCACCUGGUGGUAUACAUGCACCAAGUCCAAAUUAUCCUGGUGGUUAUGCAAGUUCAACAAAUUCACCUACUGGCCAUUCAACACCACCUUCAUACCUUCAAUCACAUCAUAGGCCACCUGUUGAUCUUGCUUACGACGGUGUAUGAUAAUUAUUGUGAAAUUUUACAGAGAAAUGGAAAAUUAUAUAUGUGUUUAAAUACCUUUUUACGAUUAGUCAAACCUGGAAUAUUUACAUUUUCUACGUAUUUUUACACUUACAGAAUUUUUCUCAUCAUCAGUUGAUUGUUUUAAUUUUUCAAUAGUCGAUUUAAUCGUUGAUUUGUAUAACGCUCUUGGCAUUACAUACGUUUGGGUAGAAUUAUUUUAGGGGGAGAGAGAGAGAUUGCUCUCAUGACACGAAUUUUUUUUUUUCUCAUUUAGAAUUUAAUCUAGUCCACCUCCGAAACGAAUAUCGUUUGCUGCGGGCGGUGUCUAAUUAUGCUCCUGUUGAUCCUUCAGGAUUUUUGUGCAUUAUGUAUUUUUCUUUUUUUUUUUUUUCACUUGGAAAUCAGUGAGAUCGGCGGAUUCGGGGGGCGGGUGUGUCAGUGUCAAUUGAUAAGUGCGAUUUAUGCUCAAGUUUUUUAUUAAAACUCUCUUGUUUACGGGAUACACUGGUGACUCGUUGAGGGAAUGUAUGCAGAUUAGUAUCAUUCGUCAUUUAAUGCCACGGAAUACACUAUUUUUUAAGGCCAGUUUCGGUGCUAAACGAGUGUGCAAUUGAGCAAUCGUACGGUGUUUUAUUCCUGAAUUAUACAUUGUUGUUAUUGUUGUUGUUAUAUUGUUAUUGCCCUUUGAAAACGCUUAACUUCAUCGAGUUCAUCAUUAUCAUUAGUUAUUAAUUUUUUUCUCUUCGAUAUGGGGGUAAUUCCGUGUGGCUCGAGGAGAUUUCUAGUGAGCAGCCAUUGACAUUUUUUGUAUCAAUUGUUGACUCUCAAUUAUUUAGGACCACAGAAAAAAUGGAAAAUCCAUUUUUUGUUCAAACGAACAGUCAGCUUCAGAAUUUAUUUGUUAGUUAAAUUACCAAAAAUUAAUUUUCCCAUCAGAGAAAAAAUUGAAAUGAUAGAACUAAAAAUUUGCUAUAGAACAAGAGUUUUUGAUUCGAUAAAUUAUUUUUAUCUGCGUCCUGAAUUAGGGACUGAGCCGCUCAGAUAUCCUCAGCCAAGUAAAAACUGCUUUUCUUCUCUGCAUACAAUUUGUUGUAUGAAUUAUCAACGAUUCAUACGUAUCAGCCACCGUAAUUUGGGGAUUAAUUAAGAAGUGUCCAUUACAGAAUCGCCUGGGGUAUCUCACUGAUCUCCAAAUUCCUCGCAACUGUAAAUAGUAAAAUAAAAUCAAUUCGAGUGGAACGAAUUUUAACUAAGAUUCAAUUGGCCAAUAUCGCCAAAUAAAAAAUGCAUAAUCGUGCAUUAAAAAAAAACUAGCUAAUGAGAUGAUGAAUAAAGAAAAAAAAAUAAACAUAUAUAAAGACAAUGGAAGUUUCAAACUAGUGUGAUCAAUCGAAACAGCUUGAGCUGAAACACAAUGUACAACACAUCUUCACUUUAUUCGCAUAAUCGUCCCGGCGUUUCUCCAUUGAUGUUGUUAUCAUUGUCAUUGACGGCUAAUUGUCACGUGAUAAACCAAACAUGAACUUAAAGAGCAAUACAUUUUUUUUUUGAAAAUUCCGUGAAAUGAUCUUCAUCAUCGACUGCUAUCGCCGAUUGGUAAAGAUAAUAAAUUAUCACGUUUGCUUUUUUUUACAGUGCAAUGAAAAAAUGAGAAAUGUAAAUCAAUUGUAACCGGUGAUGAUGAUGAAGACUCAUUACCACGAUUGUCGCAUAAUUACCGUGAAUUAAGAUCGUGUUACGUUACGUUUUUCAUGCCAUAAUUAAUAUUCUAAUUUUCGUUUAUUAUUUUUUUUUCCACGAAUCAGUUAUUGUAAUGGCGAUUUAUCCACAACUGAUGCAUAGAUGUAUUUGAUUUAUAAAAGUAUAAAAUUAUGACUCGAAGAAUACAAUAUUGUUCUGAUAAUUGUACGAGACCCAUUAAAAAAAUUAAAUAACAUCCACUGAAGCUGUAAUGUCGCUGUAAAAUUAUGCAUCGGUUUUAUUAUAAUAAAUCAUAAAUAUAGAUUUAAAAAUUAAAGAAGAUAAAACAGAUAUAUAUGUAUAAAUAAAAAUAUAAAUAUAUAAAUAAUUACAAUUGAA